AUGACUUACCUCUUCUACCACUUGGCCCAAGAGCCCGAGCACGUCCAGAAGAUCCGAAAGGAGGUUCAGUCAUUGAUGAAAGGUGACUGGUCCGACAAAGACAUUCAUGGAGCAAUGCACCUCAAUGGCGCCAUCAACGAAGCUCUUCGCCUUCAUCCUCCUGUUCCCAGUGGCCUCUUCCGGAUGACGCCACCCGAGGGUUUGCAUGUUGGUGAGACGUUCAUUCCCGGCUCAACGACGUAUCUCAUGCCGUCGUACGUCAUGGGUCGAGACGAGCACAACUACGAAGACGCCGAUUCCUUUGUCCCAGAGCGCUGGUACAGUCGUCCCGAUAUGAUCAAGCAUAAAGAUGCAUACGCUCCCUUCAGCAUGGGUCCGAUGGGCUGUAUAGGCAAGAAUCUGGCGCUGACUGAGUUGCGCACUUUGACUGCGAGAUUACUGGCGGGAUUUGACGUGAGUUUGGCUCAGGGGGAGGAUGGUAAGCGGAUCAUGACUGAGACGUUGGAUCACUUUACGGUGGAUCCUGGUGAUCUUGACUUGGUGUUUACCAAGGUCUAA